GUUAAUAAACGUUCUGGUAUUAAAUUUUUGGUAAUUUUUCCUGGUUUUUAACACAUUCACAAACGAGGUAUCUCCAAACUUCAAUUUCUUCGCGAGGAUCUGGCAACGUUGUCAAACUGCAAAUUCCUCCAAUUUUCCAUUCAACACAACAUUGGGAAAACGUUUAUUGGUACAUUUUCCGAUAUUUGGGGGUUGUUUUUGCGGUUUUCGAGAAAAAUGGAAAUUGCAAAUGCGGUGGGUACAACCCCUGGUGUUGUAAGAAAUCCCAGAAUUAUGGAAGGUGUAGGUGCACGGGUUAUUAGAGGUCCAGACUGGAAAUGGGGUAAACAGGAUGGUGGUGAGGGCCAUGUUGGCACUGUCCGCAACUUUGAGUCACCAAAUGAAGUGGUAGUGGUAUGGGACAAUGGAACAGCUGCAAAUUAUCGGUGUUCUGGACAAUAUGACUUGAGAAUCUUAGACAGUGCCCCAACUGGAGUGAAACAUGAGGGCACAAUGUGUGACACAUGCAGACAACAACCAAUUUUUGGCAUCCGCUGGAAAUGCGCUGAAUGCGGCAAUUACGACCUCUGCUCCGUCUGUUAUCAUGGCGAUAAGCAUCACCUACGUCACCGUUUCUACCGAAUCACCACUCCCGGCAGCGAGCGGGUGUACCUGGAACCCCGUAGGAAGACCAAGAAAAUCGCUAUCCGCGGCAUCUUCCCAGGCGCCAGGGUGGUCCGAGGCGUCGACUGGCAGUGGGAAGAUCAAGAUGGAGGGAUUGGAAGACGGGGGAAGGUGCAGGAGGUACAGGAUUGGUCGGCGGCUAGUCCCAGAUCUGCAGCGUAUAUUGUAUGGGACAAUGGCUCUAAAAACCUAUACAGAGUAGGUUUCGAAGGUAUGGCCGAUUUGAAAGUCGUAAAUGAUGCCAAGGGUCUGAACGUAUAUAGAGAACACUUACCUUGUUUGGGAGAGCAAGGACCAGGAAGAUCAGCGCCACCUGGAUUGAAAAUUGGAGACCAGGUGAACGUUGAUUUGGAGCUAGAAAUUGUCCAGUCACUACAACACGGCCACGGCGGUUGGACAGAUGGCAUGUUUGAAUGUUUAAACAGUAUUGGAACAGUCGUGGGGAUAGAUGAAGAUCAUGACAUUGUUGUGGCGUAUCACAGCGGCAACCGGUGGACGUUCAAUCCAGCUGUGCUAACAAAAGUGGCAACUCCGACGAACUCUGCUGGUUUCAACGAAACUCCUCAGCAGCAGUUUGCAGUUGGCGAUGUCGUGCAGAUCUGCUCUGACAUGGAAAGAGUAAAGAUGCUGCAAAGAGGGCAUGGAGAUUGGGCCGACGGAAUGGCAGCGACCCUGGGCAAGAUCGGCCACGUACAGCAAAUCUACAACGACAACGAUCUGAAAGUGGAAGUCUGCAACACCACCUGGACCUACAACCCUUUGGCCGUCACGAAAUUAGCAACGGCGGCUGCCGCAUCGGUUUCCUCUUCCGGCGAGAGACUUAGCGCCCUCUUGAAACGACUGUUCGAAACUCACGUGUCCGGCGACGCGAACGAAGAGUUAGUCAAGUCAGCGGCCAAUGGCGAUGCGCAAAGAUGCGAGGAAGUGUUGAAGCAAGGAGGACCAGACGUAAAUGGUGUCUUCGCCGGCCACACUGCCCUCCAAGCCGCCAGUCAAAACGGCCAUCUGGAGGUCAUCGCUUGUCUCCUACGCCAUCACGCGGACGUCGAAAUCGAGGACAAGGACGGCGACCGCGCCGUCCAUCACGCGGCUUUCGGUGACGAACCUGCCGUCGUCAGGUUGUUGGCCCACGCGGGGGCUGACCUUAACGCGCGCAACAAACGCCGCCAGACGGCGCUGCACAUCGGCGUCAACAAAGGCCAUGUCGGGGUGGUCAGGAUGCUGUUGGAUCUUGGCUGUCAUCCUAGCUUACAGGUGAGUGUUUACAUGGAUAGUGGUGGUGGCAAUUUCAGAAUUUUCUGA